AGAUCUUGGGAUUCCAUUUUCAGUAAUGGUCAACCCACAAAUCUCUCUUUCUCUCUCUCUCUCUAGCGGUCUGCCAUCUACAGUUCUUCCUUGCUCCCACUAGAAGAGCCAGCUUUGAGCAACUUCGAUUCCAAAACCCCAUUACACACACCCAUAUAUAGUGGUGUUCAAUUCGCUUCUUUUGCAUUCUAAAAUCUCAACUAGUGAUGGGUUAUCUCUCGUGUAAAGCUGAAUCAUCAAUCGCAACUGCCGAUUCCCAUGCCUCAACCUCAUCAGUUUCUUCCUCCAAGAAUUCCCAUUACAAGGAGAAGGAAAAGGAAAAGCCCAUCAAAAUCCAAGAAUUCAACUACAAAGAUCUUGAAUUAGCCACAAACAACUUCUCAGACAGAAAGCUCUUGGGGAGGGGCAGCCAUGGACUUGUGUAUAAAGGCGUCCUCCGCGGUGGCCGUCUUGUGGCCAUCAAGAAGCCCUCGCGAGCUGCCCAGAAAAUGUCCCUUUCCGACAACCCAAAUGAAGUCGAGAAUGAAAUCGACAUUUUAUCUAAGCUCCAGAGCCCCAGAUUGGUCAAUCUUGUUGGGUUCACCAAGAAUGACUCCCAAGAUCGCCUUCUGGUAGUUGAGUUCAUGAGUAAUGGCACUCUCUAUGAUGUUUUGCAUUCCAAUUCGCGGCCUCCCACUUGGGGGAGGAGGAUAAAAUUGGCGUUGCAAACUGCCAAAGCCAUUGACACCCUCCAUUCUUUGAACCCACCUGUAAUUCAUCGUGAUAUUAAGUCUGCUAAUGUUUUGAUUGAUAGGAACUUCAAUGCAAGAUUGGGCGAUUUCGGGCUGGCAUUGAGGUGUGUGGAUGACUAUAGGUUGAGAUCAACUCCGCCUGCCGGGACAAUGGGCUAUUUAGAUCCUUGUUAUGUGACCCCUGAUAAUUUGAGUACCAAGACUGAUGUGUUCAGUUUUGGGAUAUUGCUUUUGGAGAUCAUUAGUGGAAGGAAGGCUAUUGAUAUGGGACAUUCGCCGCCGUCCAUUGUGGAUUGGGCAAUUCCCUUGAUAAGGAGAGGGAAGUUGUUGGCUAUAUAUGAUCCCAGGGUUGUGCCUCCAAAGGAUCCUAUGGUGAGGAAGACGUUGGCUGUGGUGGCUGCAAAAUGUGUGAGGUCUUGUAGGGAGAGAAGACCAUCAAUGAAGGAGGUGGUGGAAUGUUUGAGUGAGUUGAGUAAAUUGGUUCCAGUUCAUUCUUGGAAUGGUUUAGCUAAUCCUUGUUUAAUGGUGGAGACUGCGGGUGUACCGGUUCAAUCAAGAAGCAGUCAGGUGAAUUCGAAUGGGACAGGGGGUGAAAAUGGGAUUCUUGAUGAUGGGGAUGCUAAACUUGGGAAGCCAUUGAGAAAUCCACGGAGAGUGUACUCGGACUUGGGCUUUCGGAGCAAUUUGAUGGAAUUGAUGGCUAGCCCUGAUGGCGAGUCUGAAUUUCAUGGUGAGGAUGAUGGAUUUGAAUCUAAGCUGGAACCGACAAAAAGGGUAUUGAGUUUCAGAUUUGAAAGUGGUAGGUUUAUUGGAGGAACUAGUAUUCGGUCCAUGGUUCUUGGUAAAGAUAGAGUGUCUAAAUUAAAGCCAAACCAAUCAGUUCAGGAGAGUUCUAGUGCACCUUCUGGAAUGGAUGAUAAGAUUACCACAUCAAGUUCUGUUACUCAGGCUGCAGAAUUGGCAAUCACAGCAUAGAAAGUAUAAUGGCAAGUUUUUAAGUCUGUCUUGCGGAUUUGAAGAUACACAGUGCUCAUAUGUGUAAGCUUCUCUUGCUUCCAACCCUUGCCGAUUGCUCUGACGUUUAAGCUAUUACUCAUCCGUGGAGCCAGACAAGUAUCAGCUAAAGUAUACAUUCUGGUGCACCACUGGUGCACUAGUUAAAGAGCAUUCCUCAUUGUUUCAAGCUAACGAUGAAUUAUUACACGUAUUCAAUUGUACAAGCUGCUUGCUGUAUUAAUCUUUGGUUUUUGGGUGAGAUAAAUUUGUUAGAUGAUUGUUGUAUAUUCAGCUUUUCUACCAUCAUUUCAAUAACCCUGUCAAUGAAAUUGUUUUGUCAUUAAAUGUUGAUUUAUUCCCUGA